AUGUCCAGUGGCAGCAUUCUUGGCUUUAUCAACCAGAGAUGUGUCAUCUUAUCUGGAUGCUAAAGAAGAUUCAGAAAGAGCAAGCCACAGGUCAUUUCUCUGAGCUGCCUGGACCAGCCCCGUGCUAUUGGCACCUGACUGCAGGAGGGGCAGGUCUGUGGAUGUGCUGCACUCUCUGCUUGGGCUGGGGUGCAGUGACAAGGCUCAGAGCUGUGCCUGCUGCUGCUCUCACCCCACAACGCACCUGCUGAAGGAUUCCUACCCCUGCACAGAGCAAUAAUCAUGACCCAACUGCAGUUCAAAGAUGCUUUUUGGUGCAAGGAGUUCACCUUGCACACCGGCUACGAGGUGCUCGUCCAGCGGCUGCUGGAGGGGAAGAAGAUGUGCAAAGAUGUGGAGGAUUUGCUCAAGCAGAGAGCACAAGCAGAAGAGAGAUAUGGGAAAGAGCUGGUUCAAAUUGCCCGAAAAGCAGGAGGACAAACAGAAAUCAACACACUGAAGGCAGCGUUUGAGAUGCUCAAGCAACAAAUUGAAAAUGUUGGAAACUCUCAUAUCCAGCUGGCAGUAAUGCUGAAGGAAGAGCUGAAAGGAAUAGAGGAGUUCCGAGAAAGGCAGAAGGAGCAAAGAAAAAAGUACGAAUCUGCAAUGGAGCGGAUGCAGAAGAACAAAGUGUCCCAUUAUAAGAAAACCAUGGAGUCCAAGAAGACCUACGAGCAGAAGUGCAGGGAGGCAGACGAGGCCGAGCAGUCCUUGGAACGCACCAGCGCUUCAGGCAGCCAAAAGCAAACAGAAAAGAGCCAGAACAAAGCCAAGCAAUGCAGAGAUGCAGCAAAUGAAGCAGAGAAUGUGUACAAACAGAACAUCGAGCAGCUGGAUAAGGUCAGGACAGAGUGGGAACAGGAACACAUCAAGACCUGCGAGGUGUUCCAGCUGCAGGAGUGCGACCGCAUCACCAUCCUGCGGAACUCGCUGUGGGUGCACUGCAACCAGCUGUCUCUGCAGUGUGUGAAGGAUGAUGAGCUCUAUGAAGAGGUUCGGCUCAGCCUGGAGAACUGUGUUGUGGAGUCAGACAUAGACUACUUCAUUAAGACAAAAAUGACAGGAACACAACCCCCAGCUGCCAUAGGGUACGAGAACUACUACAGCAGGGAGCGCAGCAGCAGCCCCACCCAGUCCUGCGGCAUGAUGAAGAGAUUCUCUGGACUGCUGCAUGGGAGCAGCAAAAACACCACGGAAACUGCCACUCCUUCAGCCCCUCCUCUGGAGAGAACAGACGGAGUCUAUGCAACCCUUUUAGUAAAUGAAAUAGCUGGGACAUCACGGGACUACAGAGUACUUUAUGACUAUACAGCCCAGAACGUGGAUGAACUGGACAUCAGUGAAGGAGACAUUGUAGUUGUGAUUGCAGAAAAUGAGGAUGGCUGGUGGACAGCAGAAAGGAACGGGCAGCAAGGCUUCGUGCCAGGCUCUUAUCUUGAAAAGCUUUGAUUAAAAGAACCUCCAGUCCUCAGACUUUACAAAUAUUCUGUUACUAAAAACAAUCAGCACACAAGGUCUGCUUCAGCUGACCAAGGGCAUCCCAGUAAUAAUAAUGUUUUCUACAACUACCAGUCAGGAAAUUACCAACUGACCAUGCUUUUCUCUCCCUUGCUCUUGCCUCAUGCCAUUAUUCUCCUGGCCUAUGCUAUCUGAAAAAAAAACCAUCUUCACUUCUGAGAGAUUGGGACUUGCAUGCUUUGGCACAGUCCUACCCUGUGCUGCCAGCAGCAUUUUCUGGCAGGAAAAUCCUGCCCAGAUCUCAGCUGUGCAAAGGGAAAAGAUCACAAAAGCAAGUGCAGGUUCUGCAGGAGGGAGGACUGUCCCCAGCCAGCCUGGAGCCACUGUCACAGCCACAACAGCCACGUUCUCUGCCAUGGGUCUCUUUCUCUCCAUGCACAGGCCAUGCUGGCAAUUUUCACAGAGGAUGGUUUAUCAGUCACAGAUGAAAACACAAAACCAGUGAAUGCAGCCAGAGAGGAGCACCUGAAGGACCAGGACACAUCCCAACGUGGGGCACUCCCCAUCACAACCAUCUCCUAACACAAUGAAAUCCAUGCUAGCCAUGGCUCUGCUUUGCACUGCAUUCUGGGACAGAUGAUGGGCCCCAGGCUUGCUUUUGCCUUGGCUGGGAGGUUUCCCUAAACCCUCUCUGGGAUUAUGAAGUUUAAAAAUCCAACAACACGACGAGCAGCUAGGCCAAGCCUCCAGCAGUGCUGCACUGCCCUGAUUCCUCUCCCCUGAGCACCAGAGAAUUGCCAAUGACCUCCCCCAGCUAUGUCAGCAGGGCAGCCUCCCUUCCACUGCUCAGCCUCUCUCUCCUGCCCAAGGGCUGCUCUGGCUCCAUCUGCUGCCUGCACCUCUGAGACAGCUGCCACAGGGCCCUCCUGGGUAAUGUGCUCAUUCUUCAACAAAACCUCUUCAGAGAUGGUGCACUGUGCAGGAUCACUCUAUUACACAGAUUUCAGCUCUAUCAGUCUUUCUAGUUUAAUAUUUAAGAACCUUUCUGUUACUGUAUAUUGUACAAGGGAUUGAUGGAUAGUUUCUGCAAUUCUUCCCUUUUCAGUAUUUCAAGAUAAUUUAAAAAAAAUUAAAAACUAGUGAUUUAAUUUGAAUCUGAGCAAACUAUUUCUGGGGGCAGAAUGACCGUUUGUCAAGGUUUCAGGUCUUAAAUCUGAAUCAAGACAAUGAAAAUUAAUCUUAUUGCUGCCCAAAAGGCAUGGAGGAGAGAGUCACUUAGUUCAGACACAGAGAAAGACAAGAGAAAGAAAAAGCUGUAAUGGUCAAUGCAAUCUUUUCUUAAAUGAAACACGGUGAAGUUCAGAGGCACUUGCAGUAUUGCAUUCAAAUUUUUCCUUCAGGAAUGGAACAGAAGUUGCUGCAGGCCCUGUUCCUCUGGCUGCCUGCAGCCCUUGCACAGGAGCUUGUCCUUCCCACCCUGGCCUGGCUCCCAGGCAGCACAGGCACACCAGGGCUGAAGGGCUCGAGCCCCUGGCAUCAGCACAGGCUCGGGAGGGGCUGUGUCACAACAGAGCAACAACAGCAGUGCUGGCCCAGGCUGGAGGGGGAGGACAGG